GCUGAGUGUACAUAGGAAGUUCCUAACAUCUGAGCUACAGAGAGCCUGCCUUCAUAAACUGGUGUUAGAUUCCUAUCAUCCUCAUUUGAUUUCCCGAUUUCUUCAGAUUUUGAAGGUCGCUAAUAAUGACACAAUCAAGUCUCCAUUUUGUCUCCUGGAACACAAAUGGUAUUAAAGAUACCACUAGGGCACCACAAAAGUUCUCAAAAUUGUUGAUCAGCCUCAGCAACCUUCAAGCUGAUGUUGCCUUUAUACAAGAGACACAUGUUGGGACAAACAAUUACCAAAUCUUGGAAGAUGUUCCAGGUUGGAGAUCCUACUUCACUGUGCACAGCUCUCGCAGCAAAGGAGUCGCUAUACUGAUAAGAGACAGUGUAGUGUUUGAGUACAUAUGUCAUGAUGAGGAUUAUAGUGGAGGUUACAUUGUGCUCUUCUGUAAAAUAUCUGGUGAACUAUACACACUGGUUAAUGUGUACAAUCAUAAAGUAGACAGAAAUGUCUUGGGUAGACUGAAAGAGUAUUUGAUGGAAACAGCUGAAGGUGUGCUAGUGGUUGGAGGUGAUUUCAACACAGUUUUACAUCCCAGCUUUGAUCAAAGAUCAAAUUCUGAAGCAACGCAUUCACCCCUGAGAGCUUUUGUAGAAGAUUUUACAUUUUCUCUUAAUCUCAGAGACAUCUGGUCAUACAAACACCCUACUGAUGAAGGCUUUACAAGAUGUCAGAAUGAUAGUUACUCCAGGUUAGACAUGUUUUUCCUUCCAGAUAACAAAAUGGGACGAGUGGCUAAUAUUAAUGUAGCACACAAUGAAGCUGAAGUACAGGGCUUUUCUGAUCAUUAUCCUCUUAUAGUAGAACUCACAGUUCAGCGCAGACCUAAAACAAUCCUCCCAGAAGUUGCCUCAGCGUUGCCUGAGCCUUUUACAUACAUACCUGACAGAAGACCAGGGAAGAUUAGUGGGGCAGAAAUACUGAGUGCCAUUAAGUCUUUGACCAACGUAGGAGAGCACUCACUUGAUAAUGAUGUGAAACACUAUAAAAAGCAACAAUGUCAACUGUCUGAAACCUUAAAAACUGAAUACAAUACACUGAUAAAGAACAAAGAUGUAGGAGAAAUCUGCAGCUUUAAUGUUAAGUAUUUGAUAUUCUCACAGAUUUUAGCAAAGCGUCUCAGUGAGUCCAUUUCCCCUUCUUUCAAGGAAAAGAUAGAGACAAAUCUUGAUCCAUUUAUCACUGUGACAUUUGAGACAGGCCCACAGAAAAUCAAGUGGUCUUUCCUUGAGACAAAGCUCAAGAACUUUUCUGACCUCACACUGGAGUUAGACAUGCUGGAUUACUUGCUCUCUAAAGAACAAGACUCUUCUGAACUCAGACUGUUGAAGCCUGGGUGUCCACUCACCAAAUUUAUCUUCAGUCUGGCUCUAAAUGAGCUAGAAGCCUUAGUUUUAAGUAACUUCGGUAAGGCCACUGUUUGCCAUCAAAGACAGGUUCUGCGCAUACAUACAACGUCAGUCACACCGGAGUUUGUUGAUGUUUUUGUUAUUUUUUUCAAAGACAUUUCAGGACUUACAAUACGCAUCUUAACUUAAAAUAAAUACUCCAACACUGACUCGUACUCAUUACACAUUUACUCAAAUUCAUUACAAAUCUCAAAGUCUUUUCUUUCAUUUAGACAAUGAUUGUAUGCUGUAUACAAAGUGUACAUUGUGUUGUGUUUAGGGGAUUUAGGUUCCAAUUCUGCUGAUGGCAAAGGUUUUCCUCUGUUUUCAAACUUUACAUUUCCUUUUUAUCUCAAUUUAUUUCUCUUAAUGAAUUUUAGGAGAAACUUGACAAAUGCCUAAAACUGAUGUGUAGAUGACUCUUUGUUAUUAUAAAACGUGUCUAUGGAAAGAAAAUAUGUGUAUGUGUGUACUGUAUGUGAGUGAGUGUGUGUGUACGUGUCAGAGAGAGAGAGAGAGAGAAUUAAGGAGUAUACAAUAUAGAACUUCUCCACUCCUAAUAUAAGUGUACUAAUAAAUAACAGUAUCAGAAUAUUUUAUUGAACUCCUCGGGGGAAUUUGUAACUAUUUAAUCCCAGGGUGUGCAG